GUGACAGCAGGCCGCCUUUUGGAAGUAGCUUGCCUUGUAACUGAUUCUAACCUAAACAUUAUAGCUGAAGGCCCAGAUUUAGUCAUCCAUCAACCUGAUAACAUACUACAGUCUAUGAAUGAAUGGUGUAUGAAACAUCAUGGGAUGUCUGGCCUCACAGAUGCAUCUCGAAAUAGUAAGAUUACUAUUCAAGAAGCUGAGCAACAAAUUCUGAAUUUCCUAAAAAAGCAUGUUCCACCAGGGAAAUGCCCAGUUGCUGGAAAUUCUGUUUACAUGGAUAGACUAUUCAUGCAACAUUAUCUGCCAGAAGUUGACAAGUACUUGCACCAUCGUAUUGUUGAUGUGUCAACAAUUAAAGAAUUAUGCAGACGAUGGAGCCCAGCAAUAUUUUUAAAGGCCCCACCCAAGAUAUUGAGUCAUCGUGCACUGAGUGAUAUAAAAGACAGUGUUAAAGAAUUGCAGUACUAUCAGUCUCAUUUCUUCAAGAACGAAUGACAAGGAAUUACUAAUUUUGAAUAAAUUCCCAGAAGUUAUUCUUAUAAAGCUGCAGACACUCAUUCGUUAACAUUUCCUGACAUUUUAUGCAGAUGAUGGACUGAUGAAGUAACAUACAGUGUAUUUCUUGGUUUUACGAACAAAAGAUUGUUAGAUUAAUAAUGCUCAGUGAUAAGAGUUCUGUGCAGUCUUUGUAUUGAUUUGAUAGGUUAUCCAAAUUUGGAUAUACAUCCAACAAAGGUUAAAGACGGAGGCAGUAUGACCCCUGAAACGUUGGUUAACAUCGACCAGACUACACAGCGCAACAACCCAGAAGACGGAAAUCUUCAAAGGUUAAAGAAUUAACAACAACCCAAAAAAUAAUCUUUGUUCUGAAUCCAGGAAGGACCUCCUGGCUAAAUGAACCUGUCACACAUACCAGUGUGGUGACAGAUGAGUAUGAAGCAUUAGUGAUUAAAAAAUCUGCCUCGCAGACACUUGUUCCACAUAAAUCAUAUUUAACGUAAGAAAAAGAAAAAAGACACAAACCAGGAGUUUAAAUAACAAUAUCAGGAACAGAAAGAUACAAAUAAAGCAGGAAAAUAAAUGGAAAACUGACAGUGUA